UCAUACCAUUCAUCAACUCAAAAUUGCCAGAGAAAAAUGAAUGCACAACAAAUUAUAACGAAACUUCAAACUGAUCCAAUUGAGGUUUUUUCGGUGGUUCGAUUAGCAUUUCAGAACUAUGCUGAGGUUGAUCAAAGGUUUGUCAACAAAAAUCAUCACUGCCUCAGGGGUACAUGGAAACUUUUAAACGAAGAAGGAGGAUUUCAUGAACUCAAGUUCAACAAAAACUCAUAUAUUCCAACAAUAACAGAUGGCUGGGCGGAGAUUAAGGAAUACCACGAAAUUCCUGAUAAUGCUGAAGUUGUGUUCUCUUUCUAUGACAUAGAUCUCUUUGCCAUUUGCAUGUUAAGAGAAAUUGAUGAUCCAAAGACAUUACCGAAAUUUCAUAGUCGUAGUCUCCUUCCAAAAGAAACAUUUUUCUUUGAUCAAGGGGUUAAUGAUAUGCUCUUGAAAAGGCCUACAAUCAGAAUUUCAAACCAUUUUGGUGAGUUUCUAAAAAAAAAAAGUAUGAGAUGCUUGCUUGCUGCCAUGAUCAAGGAACAUUUGAAGCGUUUCAAGUCUUUAUUUGUAACAAUGAAAAAUCGACUGUUGAAUUGGGAGUGGGCUGGGACAAAUUAUGCCGAGCAAAUAAUUUCCAGCCAGGAAUCAUCCGAUUCAAAUUUACUACAAAUAGUCCUCAUUGUAUGUGCCAUGUUUAUCAACUCUCCAUCCAUGGAUCAGGGUCUACUUCAAAUACUAUUCAGUGAAACUUAUGUAUUUAUUAUGUGCUUUUAUUAAAUAAAUUAACAAUUAUGUAAUGUUGUUGUGUUAACUAGACU